AUCCGCUGUCAGCGCAUCAUGUUCAGGCUCUCAGCUCCCGUCCUCGUGGCCAUCUUCUGCCUCACAGCAGCUUCUCCUGCGGACGAAAUGACCGCUGUCGUGAACAAGUGCCAGACGUCGCAAGGCAUCUCCGACCUUCAGAGCAUCAUGAAUGAGGCGUCAAUGACACUGAAAGAUGAGUCAAAUGAAGCUGGCAGGUGCUUCUUAGAAUGUCUCAUGACAGAAUUUGGAAUUCUUAAAGGGAACAAGCUUGACGCUGGCGCCGUAAUUGACCAGGCUAAGGACAUGAUCCAGUAUGCCAAGACGCACGGAAUAAGAUUAGAUGAGAAUGAGAUGAAAUCUUCAGUUGAAGACUGCAGCAGGAAAGACGGAGAAGGGAAAUGCAUGAAGGCCUACAGAAUGUGGACCUGUUUGAACGACUUCGUGCAGAAGACUACUGGCUUGCCGCGAUAGAGACGGGCGGUCACAGGUUGCCAACCCUUCAGCCUCAGAAAGCAAGAGCGAGUUCCGACCCGCAAAGUACAGAACUGCACAUGCGCCUCGUCUCCCUGUCGGCUCCUAACAAGCGUCCUCCUAUUCUACACUGAUAUCAACGAGUUUUGUUGCAAUCUACACACUUCAUUUUUCCUAUAAACAUGCCCAGUGUUUGAUUAUAUACGUUAUGUACAAAAUAAAGUGUUUGGUAGUUCAUAA